UUGAUGCAGGUCGUUUGCGUUCUGCAGAGCUCAGUAGACGAUGUCUCAUGAAUUUUGAAUACGUUUACGCUGAAUUGUAAAGACUAUCCACUCAUUGGCUCAAUGAAUGUUGUCUUAUGAUCUCAUUAUAACGAAAACAAAACGUUACAGUCUCAAAACCCAAUAUUUUGUGGAAUGUCAAAUGUGUCAUUUCCAAGAUAACUUUUGGAGUGAACCGAUGGAUGAUAAAAUAUUGGAUGUCAAUAGAGGUGACACUAUAUUGACAGGGACUGCACAAGCAGCUGAAGAAUUUCUUGCUAUUGUGAAUGUUCCAUGCAUGAGCAAUAAAACUUAUAUUAAUUAUCAUAAUGAAAUGUCGGAAGUCUUCGCCGCCGCCGCGGAAGAAGAAAUGCGAGUAGCUGACGAGGAGGAGAAACGUUUAGCGAUUGAAAGAGGAAAUAUUAUAGAUGGUAUUGUACAUAUACCCAUAAUAACAGGUUCAUGGAUGAAGAGAUCUUACCAGUAGUAGUUUUGAUUCUCCAUCUGGAGCAGCUAUUAUUACGGGAUAUUAUUCUCAAAAAAUAUUGUUUGUUGGCGUAAGAAAUAAAUAUUAUGUAGUUUGCGCAAGAGCAGCUAAAAUUAAUAAACCCUAAGAAGCAUGUAU